AUGACGAUAAAGACAUAUUUCGUACUCUUUGUGGUCAGUGUUGCUCACUGGCAAUGCACAGCAUUUUGUCUGCUUGGGACGCUUAGGACCAAGAAUGGAGCUUCCUCGUUACGUUUGUCACGAAGAAGCGACCACGAGAUUGAUCAAAGUGAUAAUGAUACUGGUAGUUCUGGUGACGGUGAGAAUAACGACCCGACAAUCAACAUAGUGAGUGGAGAGCUCGAAAAGGGGGUACCGGGAAAGGCUGUAGGAGGUGCGGCGUUGGCAGCGUCAACAUUAUCAGCCGUCAAAGGUGGCAGUUUGGCUCUGUCAGGUGCGGCUGGAGUUAGUGCUGCGUUGCUGGCUGUGUCGAAAGGAUUUGCUGGUGAGACAAUGCGACAGAGAGAAGUAAGGCGUGUCAAUUCGGCCGUCGCAAGAAAAGGUGCUGUUGUUAUGGACCCAAGAAGUGCAGGAGACUCUAGGGCUGAUGAUCUUCUCCGUGAACUGGAUGAAUUCAAAACAGAAGUGUUUGAGACGUAUGAUGAGCUAUACCAAGAUAUUGAAGCGUUAGAUUCGCUGGAAAUGGAUAUACGCCAAUCCAGUGGCCGCUACCAAAAAGAUUUGAGUUCUUUGAAGGGGCAAAUCAAACAGGAGCUGAGGGAGACCCAACUCGAGCAGGAUUCUAAUUGA